AUGACCAGAGAAGACCAAAACGACGACAUUUCUCAUGGGAAUCCCGAGAACUCGAAUAUGGAAGACACAUUUAUCAACAACAGUGAUUAUGAGCUUUCCGCAGACAAUGCUCAAUCUGCCAAUGCGCUGGAUCUGAUUUCUGAUGAAUUCCACGACACGAUGGACCAUAAUGGUGCCUUAUUCCCACAAAGAAAAAUGGAGGCCACAAACGCGUCUUUGACCCGUGUUCUGACGCCAGAUUUGCAGCCAGACGGUAGCGCAGACACAAAGACACCUCAACCAGACGUUCUGCCACGCGUGUCAGAAAACCACAACAGCCAGGCUCUGGACGACAUGGACUCGAUGGCAAACUCGACAAUGGUGGACGUGCAAGGGUCUCCGCAGCGGUCGCGGGUGAAGCGGCAGUUGAACGGGAACUCGGCCACGAAGACAGUUUUGAAUCCUUCCCUCUCUCCUCGGAGCGACCAACCGCUCAACUUUUCACAGCAGCUGUCGCAGAUCAACAUUCUGUCUCCUUCCAAGAGAAGAGAGCGAGUGAACGAGAUUCGUGGACUGGAACUGGCUCUGCCAGAGCCUCGGCUAGUUAUCAACAGAUUGGUUCUUACCAACUUCAAGUCGUACGCAGGCGUGCAAGAGAUUGGGCCCUUCAACGCAUCAUUUUCCGCCGUGGUGGGGCCCAACGGUAGUGGGAAAUCCAAUGUGAUCGACUCCAUGUUGUUUGUCUUUGGCUUCCGCGCACUGAAGAUGCGUCAGGGGAAACUCUCUGAACUUAUACACAACUCUGAGGGCGGCCAGAAGCUAGAUUAUUGUCAAGUGGACAUUCAUUUCAUGCAUGUGGUUGAUAACCCAUCCGUACCUAAUGCUGCAACAAAGAUAGAAGGCUCAGACAUUGUAAUAAGCAGGCGGGCGACGAACACUAAUGUCUCGCAGUACUUCGUCAAUGGCAAGGCCAGCACAUAUACGGAUGUGACCAACUACCUCCGUGGACAGGGUAUUGAUUUGGAUCACAAACGAUUUUUGAUUUUGCAAGGUGAAGUCGAGUCCAUUGCCCAAAUGAAAGCAAAGGCCGAAAAGGAGAACGAUGAUGGCCUACUUGAAUACUUAGAAGACAUCAUCGGUACAAGCAAAUACAAACCUAUGAUCGAUGAAAGUUUGGUGAAGGUGGAAGAGUUAAACCAAGCGUGCAUGGAGAAGGAAAAUCGCUUUGAGUUAGUGGAAAACGAUACUUCUAUGUUGGAGGAAAAGAAAACAGAGGCACUUCGGUUUUUGGAAAUGGAAAAACGUCUCAUUAACAAGAAGUCAAUAAAGUACCAGUUGAAAAUUAAUCUGGUGCUGAAAUCUUUGCACGAAGAUGAGCGCCUAGCUACCGAGAUUUCACAAAAGUUGGAAAGUGAAGUCGAAAAGAACAAGGAACUCAGCAAUCAAGUAAAUAAAACUCAAGAAGAAAAAGCCGCUUUGCAGAAAAUUAUAUCUGGUAUCGAUGCUGAAAUCAUCUCUUUGAGUAAGAAUGAGAAAAACUUGAAAGGUCAAUCGGUGUCGCUUGAGGAGAAACUUAAAAACUUGAUGAACAAAGCGAAAAAGAUCGAAAAGGCAAAGCAGAACUCGGAAUCUAAUCUUUCAUCUUCGACAAUGAAACUUGAAAACCUUAAAUCUGCCGAAGACCGGUUUAAGAAAGAGAUGAGUGCACUAGAACUGUCACUUGAGGUAGAAAAGCAAAAACUUGGAGAGCUUCGAAUGAAACUUACCGAAAAAACAUCGCAUUUUUCCAAGGAAAUCGAGGAGAUUCAAACAAAACUCGAGCCUUUUAAUGAUAGACUCAAAGAAAAAGAUAGUGCCAUAGAGCUUAUACGGUCAGAGAUCGAGAUGUUGGAGAACCAGAAACGCAGUACAGAACUCAAAUUGCGUGAAUCAUCACAACGGCUUCUGGAUAUCAAAAGAGAAGGUAAAGAGAAAGAAACGGAACUUGAGGCCUUAGAAACCAAGCUUAGUCACAUAGAAGAACAAAUUGUUUUGGGAGAAGAGCAAUGCAGAAAUUCAAAAAAGCAAUUGGAGGCGAAAAGAGUGCGUUUAGCUUCAGCAAGACUGAAAACACAAGAUGCUAUCAGCUCUGUUGCAAGUGUUCAGAAUAAGAACAAAGUUCUCACGAGCUUAAUGAGAUUAGCCAAGUCGGGUAGAAUCGAGGGAUUUUAUGGGCGUCUCGGUGACCUCGGUCAGAUUGAUGACAAGUAUGAUAUUGCUAUAUCAACAGUCUGCCCUGCACUAGAUUCGAUGGUCGUUGAAACAGUUGAGACUGCGCAGGCUUGUAUUGAUUACUUGAGAAAAAACAAGCUUGGAUAUGCCAAUUUCAUCUGUUUAAACAAGCUACGUCAAUUUGACAUGAGCCAAAUCAAGACGCCCGGAAAUCCAAUGACAGUGAAGAGACUUUUCGAUUUAAUUGUUCCUGUGGAUCCAAAAUUUUUGCCUGCCUUCUACAGUAAACUAUUCAACACAUUAGUGGCAAGCAAUCUUCAUGAGGCGAAAACUGUUGCAUAUGGACCAAAGCGAUUCAAAGUGGUUACCUUAGAUGGGAAAAUUGUUGACACAUCAGGAACAAUGUCUGGUGGUGGCAACCACUUUGCGAGAGGGGCCAUGAAAUUGCUGUCUAACGCUGUCAUUCAAGAAAAUCAGUUUUCAGAAGAUGAUAUUGCGCAAAUGCGGGAAGAGCUAAAGGGUAUGGAGCUGAAUGUUGAAAAGCUUAAUCUUGAAUGUCAGGAGAUGGAAGCGAAUCUUCGGCAGCUAAAGGACUUGAAGCCGGAAACCGAAUUUGCAAUCCAAAGAAUUAAGCUUGAUAUUCAGCUGCUUGUCUCUGAAAAAAAGGAGGUUUCCGCUGUUUGCAAGCAACUUCUUGCCGAAAGAGAGAAUGAAAGCGAGGAAAGUGAAGUGAAUAAGAACAUCAGAAGUAAAAACGAGGAUCUCAAGGUUAUCUCAAAGGAGAGAGAAGAACUCAAACUGCAAAUGCUUGAUUCUGAGACUAGAAUUGCCUUCUUGGAAGAAAAAAUUAUGGAAGCUGGUGGUGUCGAGUUGAAAUUGCAGAACUCUAAAGUAGAUUCCAUCAAACAGCAGAUUGAAAUCAUCGUGGAGAAAACUUCUGGAGAUCUCAUGGCAAUCAAGAAACUAGAAAGCGACAUCAAAAGAUUCACCAAGAUUAUUCACGAUAGCCAGCAGGAGCGGUUGGAAAACGAGAAGGAAACAGAAGUGGUUCAAGAAGAAUUGACCAAGAAGAAACGCCUGUUGAUUGAAAUUACAGUACAGUCCGAGAGACUCGAGGCACAGAAGAGCGAAGAAGAAGGGAAACUUGAAGAGCUCAAUGAUCAUCUAGAGGAAAUGAUUGCCAAAAUUAACGAAUUUAAAUCGGAUGAGAUUGAGCUACGGAAUCAGCUUGAAAAAAUUACCAGUGUGCUCAAGAGAAACAGACAGACUAUUGCUGAAGCACAAGAAGCGUUGCAAAAUUUAGUUGUACGUGAUUGCACACCUUAUAUCGACUGGAUGGCUGAAGAAGAGAGAUCAAAGUACGCUGGAACUGAUAUCGACAGACUUACCGAAGAGGAACUUUCUUCCGUGGAUAUGAAUGCUGUGGAAGAUGAAAUUGAAGAGCUCGACAAUUAUAUGAAAGAAGUGAAAGUUGACAUUGAAGUUCUCAAAGAGUAUGGGCGCAAGAAGCAGGAGUUGGAGAUGCGGCGUAACGAGCUAAAUGAGUCUGUCGAACAAAGAGAUCAACUCAAACAGCAUUGCGAAGAGCUCAAGCGGAAACGGUUAGAUGAAUUCAUGGAAGGAUUCAACACCAUUUCUCUCUCAUUGAAGGAAAUGUAUCAAAUGAUUACCAUGGGAGGAAAUGCCGAGCUCGAGUUGGUGGACAGUCUUGAUCCUUUUUCAGAAGGUAUUUUGUUUAGUGUUAUGCCGCCUAAAAAGUCUUGGAAAAACAUCUCGAAUCUUUCGGGAGGAGAGAAGACCUUGAGUUCCUUGGCGUUGGUGUUUGCUCUUCAUAAAUACAAACCAACUCCGUUGUAUGUGAUGGACGAGAUUGAUGCGGCGUUGGAUUUUCGGAAUGUUUCUAUUGUGGCGAACUAUAUCAAAGAGCGAACUAAGAAUGCCCAGUUUAUUGUCAUUUCAUUGCGUAACAAUAUGUUCGAGUUGGCCCAGCAGCUAGUUGGAAUUUACAAGGUGAACAACCGCACGAAAAGCAUUUCGCUCCAAAACAGGGAAUUGAUCGGAGCAAAGUAA